UGAACAUGCGCACAUCGGCGUACUGAGCUAAACGACGCACACAGGAGGGUUCCGACCACCAGAGACCACAUCUUCACCGUUACCUGGUACGCUUGAGUAGGGCCUGGGAGUGAAUAUCGGCGCCCCUGUUUUGGGAGAAGAUGUAGCUUGUGCAAGGUCUGGCUCCUCAUCCCAACGACCCCUCACCCUACCCCUGUUCUGGAGGACUACGUUCUGCCCCCCUCCAGCCCUCCUGCUCCAUGUGCAUACAGAGCCCCCAGUAGCUGGACCACAGGACACUGCUGAGCUACAGACUGGCCACUCGCUCUUUGGAAAUGGAGUCCGUCGCAGUGAGCAACCUCCUAGACCUCGACCUGCCGUCAGGAGCCCCGGCGCUGACCAGGGACGGAGGUCACAACAUUUUCUCCCCAGACGCCGCCCCCUACACAGGGGCCGCUCUACCAGAGCCCCUGGUCCCUGCAGGCCGCAGCCCCCGUCGCCAGCCCGACCAGCGGAGUCAGGAGGACGGGGAGAGCCAGAGUGACGCCACAGAGUCGGCAGACAGCGAAAAUGACAUGGACCCAGCCUCCAACCGGUGGGAGCUUCGACGGACAUCGUCCUCGUCCAAUCACAGUGGCGAGGAGCAGGACGCAGACACAGUGGAGAGGAGGGAGUUCAUGAAGGCCUAUGUGGAGAAGAUAUUUAACGGAAAAGAGGACUUUGCCCAGGAGGAGAAGGCUCGUUUUGGGGAACUGUGCAGCGGCGAGAACGGCAAAGGAAGGGAGUGGUUCGCCAAAUACGUCAGUGCACAGCGCUGCAACUCUAAAUGUGUGAGUGAGGCAACCUUCUACAGACUUGUGCAGUCAUUUGCUGUGGCUCUUUUUGAAUGCUACCAGAUGGAUGACUACAGCCCUGCCAAGAAUCUCAUGACCAUGUGUUUCACAUACUACCACAUUGGGAGGUUCCAGCCAUCCCCCUCUGAUUUGCUGGGGCCUAGCAGCUCAGGCAUGGACUCCUACCUGGACAAGGCCAACGUCUGGCUGACCGGGAGGAAGGAGCGGCUGCUGAAGACCACCCCCAAGCCCGACGUCAGGGGCUUCUUGGGGGGCUUGGAGAGCAAGCUCAGGGGGCCGGCGGUGCGCAGGACAGAGGAUUCAGAGUCUCCAACAGAGACGAAGCCUAAAUCACCAGGUGGUUUCAACACAGAGGAGCAGAAGAUUUACCUGUACACCCACUUGAGGCAGCAGCCCAUCUGGCACACAUUAAGGUUUUGGAACGCUGCCUUCUUCGAUGCUGUCGACUGUGAGAGGAAGAAGAGAUCUCCCACCACAAGGGAGAGGUGGUGCCACAUGACUCAGGAGGAGAAGGACGAGAGUUCUAAAAUGGAUGAGAACAUUGCCUUUGGCCAACUGGGUACCUUCACACACAACAUGCUGGAGUUCGGCCUCAGUAAGAAGCUCUGCAAGGACUUCUUGAAGAAGCAGGCGAUCAUCGGGAAUCUCAACGAAGAGCAAAACAAGUUGCUGAGUGACCACGUUGACAAGAUGGCAGCUGACUGAGUGGGCGCUACUGGAUGUUUGAUAGACUCACACUCACACAGACAAAUAACACACAACACAAACAGACACACAACACAGACACACACACAAUAAGGUGAAGAGCUUUGUAGCAGCCGCUCCAUCAUGUCUCCGGACUCCUCUUUGAUUCCCUCCCACUAGAGCAAUAAUAGAAAGUCGACUGUCUAUCAUCGUCAUCAUCAUCAUCAUCAUCAUCAUCAUCAUCAUCAUCAUCAUCAUCAUCAUCACAACAACACUCCUCGACUACCACUCUGUAUGUGUUCCUCCAAUGUGUGUUCUGAUGAUAGUGUUAACUGCAUUCAGGUAUGCCUACGUCACGGCAUUCUUAAUAUGCAUGUAUUAGCUGGAUAGAUAAAUGUAGGAUCCAGUAUUGGGUGGCCCUUUUGAAAAAUUCAGCUUUCAUGUGGCUGGCUAGGGGCAAUAUGGCUGUAUUUUAUUCGAUACAUUUCUCUACCAGUCAAUCCUGCUGUUCUUAUGCUAUAUUAGUGACCUGGAAUGUAGUUGUACUUCAUAUAGCCAAGUAUUUCUAGGUCAAAACCCAUCCGUUGCUAUUCUGUUCUAAAAUGUAGUGAGUUUGAUGUGAAUAUUCUUAGUAUGGAUUUCAGCGAAGGUUCAACAUGUUCAUGUUUAUUUGUAACGUUAAUCCACAAGUAUACAGUAUACAUUUUCACAUUCCCAGUAGCUGUUGCAAACCUAUACACAACUGUGUUGAACAACAAUGACCCAACUCAUCUGUCCAAAGACCAUAUCUUAACCCUAACAAACCAUUAAAAAAUGAUUUAGUGUUAUUAUUUUAUGCAAGGGACUAUGUUAUAAAAUUAGGACAUGCAAAGUGCCUUUUCAUGUACCUUCUAACAUGUUUGUCGUGGUCAAUGUAAAAAAUCCUCAUUCCUUUCCAUCUUGAUACCUUUGUAUUAGUGUAGUCUUUCAACAGACUCAAUGCUUGUGCUUUAGUGAAUAACCAGAUCAACACAUGUAGCUGUAGGCGGGUAGAAGUGUUGCAUUUGAUUGUGAGCUCUUCAUUUAGAAGAAUUGCCAAGAAUUAGGAGCAUGGCAGUGGCUGUUCCUAAAUAAUUACCCAUACUGUGCAUGUAUAUUUAUUUAGAAUAGCCUGUGAAAUGCCGUUGAGACGGCUAGACUGCAUUACUCAAUCUUACCAAUAGGCGGUAGCAUUGUUUCUCCAGUUCAUCUCUCCUCGUACAUCUCAAUAUAAAACGGAAUGUGUUGAAAAAGCUGUCCCUGUUUAAAAACCCAAACCCAUGUACACAUAUUUGUUUUUAAAUCGUCAUUUUUUAAGGUAAUUCAGUUAUAACUAUUGUAUAUUCCUUCCUGUGCAUUUUCCAAAACUUUGUGGAGAGAAUUGCCUAUGUUUUGCAUAAUCUUUGUGACUAUUUUCUGAUUAAGAUGAAACUCAAGUGCUCCCUUUUUGCCUCUAUGAUACGAUCAUUAAGAAUGCAGUAAGAUAAUGCAUGUCGUGACCUUUCAGCUGACUGAUAUGACUCAUUGAGUGUCAUUCAGCGCCUUCCCAUCCAGCAAUGUAACAGAUGGAGCCCAGUUUGCCUUCCAAGUCUAUUCCUUUCCACGUUGUCUAUGGUGAACUGACCCUUAAUGCCUCUGGUGUUAUAAGCCUUAUUUGACCGUCUCGGCAAACCUUUUGUAUAAACGAUUUAUCUUCCUAUAGCUCGCAUUUUAAAAGAACCGUCCAAUGUUUUUGUUGCGGAGUCCUUGACUUUUGUACGAGCUGUAUAUUCACUCAGAUAUCUUGGAUCUUUAGUGAGUUUAACCGACCCGUCCAACUAAGCCAUAAUCAAAACCACUGAAAGAGUCUGGCCCUUCAGAUCAAUGUAAAGCAGGGACCCCAUAUCCGCCUGGAUAGGCUUUUGUAUUUUCCUUGCAUGCUGCAUGAUCUCUGGUUUGGGCAUUUAUUGUUUGAAGUUUUCACACUGGGAGCAUAGGAGAGUAGUAAUAUUCAACCUUGCCCAUUCAUCAACCGUGUGACACAUUUUAUACUCUAAAUUGUUUCCUUACCAAAUGAAGUCAAGAUGAGGUCCUUGGUAUUUUGUAAACAAUGCUAAGACAGGCAACAGCUACAUUUGCAUGCCAAUGUCAAUGAUAUCCAAUGUUGAAUCAAGCGCUGUAUUAAAAUGUUCUUUUGAGGUUGGCAA